AAAAGAAAGAAAGAAAGAGUAAUAGUAAUAUUUUGCGUGACGUCAGUGGUCAGGUGAUCUCUCUACCUUAAACGCAAGCGUUCGAUUGGUACUUGCCACCAACCUUCGCUAAAGUCGUCGUCUACCUCUUCCGAUCACAGCUUCUUUGCCUUUCGCUGAUCCCAGUCCGGAGAUGGCUAUUUCCUCAAUUCCACACUCAGCGUCUCUUCUUGUUCUACUAUUGCUCGUUAUCGUUUCCGUCAAUGGAGAGUACCCGCCGCGUCUUCUGCUGGAAGCUCAGGCAGAUAAAGAUUGGUUAGUCUCCGUGAGAAGACAAAUCCACGAAAACCCAGAACUCCUUUACGAGUUGCACCAAACCAGUGCCCUCAUUCGCCGCGAGCUCGACCAAUUAGGAGUCUCCUACACCUACCCCGUCGCCAAAACCGGAAUCGUCGCUCAAAUCGGGUCCGGUUCACCUCCGGUUGUUGCUCUCCGUGCCGACAUGGACGCCCUCCCCUUGCAGGAACUGGUCGAGUGGGAUCACAAGAGCAAAAUCGAGGGCAAAAUGCAUGCUUGCGGCCACGAUUCUCACACCACUAUGCUCCUUGGUGCUGCCAAGUUGCUUACCAAACGCAAACAUAUGCUCAAUGGAACAGUGAGGCUUCUCUUCCAGCCUGCGGAAGAAGGUGGCGCUGGUGCUUUUCAGAUGAUGAAAGAGGGUGCUUUGGGUGAAUCUGAAGCCAUCUUUGGAAUGCAUGUUCAUCAUGGCUUGCCUACAGGACAAGUAUCAAUUAUCUCUGGUCCUUCUAUGGCAUCCACCAGCAUUUUCAGUGUAAGAAUAUUCAGUGGAGGAGCUUCUUCUUGUGUUGAUCCACUCUUGGCUGCUUCAUCUACCAUCUUAGCUUUGCAGCAUAUAGUCUCCAGAGAAGCAGAUCCUCUCUUAAGCUACGUGCUGUCUGUUACGUUUAUGAAAAGCAGCGGCGCUUCUGAUGAGAUUCCACCGUAUGUAGUAGAAUUUGGGGGAACUUUGAGGAGUCUUACGACCCAUGGCAUGAACUGGUUGAGACGCAGGAUGAAAGAGGUGGUUGAAGGAGAAGCUCAAGUACAUAGAUGCCAAGCGGAUAUAGACAUGCAUGAAGAAGAUCAUCCUAUGUAUCCAGCCACUGUGAACGAUCACAAGUUACACGAGCACGCUGAAAGGGUUCUGAAGCUCUUGGUUGGACCCGAGAAUGUCAAACCGGGUGACAAGAUAAUGGCGGGCGAAGAUUUUUCCUUCUAUCAACAGAAAAUACCAGGUUACUACCUAGGAAUCGGUAUCAGAAACGAACAAGUCGGUUCUGUGCAUUCGGUUCAUUCACCUUAUUUCUUCCUUGAUGAAAAUGUUCUUCCCAUUGGAUCAGCAGUGUUUGCUGCCUUAGCCGAGAUGUAUAUUCAAGACCAUCAAAAUCAAACCAAGUCUGGACAAGACAAAACUCAGAUGUAAAGUUUCUUUGUUACUUUUACCCCUUCACAAAUAAAAGUUAUUGUGCAAUUUAUACAUUGAAAUUAACCUACUGAGUUUCAGUU